AGUUGAGUCAUUUACGUACAUUUGACAUCAAUGCAAAAGACAACUGUCAACAAAAUCCACGGUGUAAUCAAAACAGUAACAGAUUCUAAUAAGAAUAACAUAUUUUAGCCAAAAAGAUGCUUCAGGAAAAUUCUAACGGAGAUACCUUUGAAAUUAUCGAAGGGAUGUCGGUUACUGAUCUUAUAGCCUCUAUACCAUCAACUGCUUCAUCUGUGCCAUCAUCAGCUCCAAGUGAUCUUGUCACUGGCAAUCUCUUAUCAAAUGUACAGCCUCCUUCAGCUUUGCCAAACUUUAUAACACAAGUACCAAUCACAACUCCAUUACCUGCACCACAACCAGCAGCAGAAGUGUUUGUUCCAACACAGUUCAGUGCUGCAAUACCACCUAGUAAAGGUAUCAAGCAUGGUGUGCAGAUCCCAGAGGCUUUGCCAAUUGAACCAGCACAGGAGAAUACAGGCUUCAUAGAUUGGAUGAAAGGUGCUGUUUCCAGUGGAGGCAUACUUUCAAAAGUUGCUGAGAAGGCCAAGAGCUCUGUGGAUUCCAUGAUAACAACUCUUGACCCACAGAUGAAAGAGUUCAUUUACACUGGUGGAGAUGUGGAAAUACUUGUUGCUUCCAAGCAAGAGAUGAAAGUGAGUGCAAUUAGGGAAGCAUUCCAGUCAGUAUUUGGGAAAGCCAGAGUUGAAGGAAUUGAGGCCAAAGCUGUAAACAUUGCUGCACAACCAGUUGGAUUUGCUGCUGGUGUUAAAGCAGCGGAGGAAAGAAUCCAAGCUGUUCUCACAAAUCCUAAAUUGCCAAACCCAAUUCCAGUUGUUGCCAUAGAGAAUUUCCUUUUGGAGGUUGGUGAAGACAAGUGGUAUGACUUGGGCGUGAUAAUUUUGAAUGACCCAAUUAAAGAGAUCAAUUUGCAAACGUUCACACAAAUGACACCAGUCCCAACAGAGAUUGUUAAUUUAGCGCAGGAAGAUACUAAAUCUGAUUAUCCCUUGGCAUGGUCCGGGUUAGCUGUGACUGUAGGUAGCUUAAUGGGAAGCAAUCUACAUGUCAGCCAUUCUGAAUGGCACCAGGCGUUAACAGGAGUAUCGAGGAGGGAAAUCAUCUUAUCGGCCGCUAAAGUUUUAGCCAACCUUUAUAAAAACAGUACCACAUAAGGAUAAUUGUGUAUUUACGUUUAUUUUUUUUUUAUAUUAUUCAAGUCUACUUAAUGUAAGGAGUGACAUUUUAUGGAUGGGAUUUCUUUCAAAGGAGUUGAGUUG